AUGGCGCUUAGGAUGAAUCGCUCACAAGCAGGCACGAAACCAGUCGCAGCCCGCCCGUCACAGCUAGGAACCCUGAGAGGGUGGGCAGUCGGGGCUAUUUCAAGCAGCCACUUGAGAGACCCGGCCGGGCAAGAUAAAAAUGCUGGCCGGCCUCUGUACGAAGUGAAAUUCGACGUCGAUCUGCCCAUAAAUGCAAGCUAUGACUGUGAUGGUCCAGGGGUUUCUCGACUGGGUGGUGCGAACGGAGCGAGAGGUGGUGAGGCCAUGGUCCAUCCAACAGUCAGUUACAAUGAAAGAUGCGCUCCGUUUGGUCCGUUGCAACAUGCCUGGGCAGUUGCCUUGCGGUUCCAGGGUCUAUCCUCACUGAGCGACCGGGGUGGCGGUCGAAUGACAGGCCAGAGUCGACUGCCAGGAUAG